UAAGUGUAACUUGAGUUUGGUAUUUAACUUUGUCUACUACGAUUUUGAACCCACCGCUCCACGCAAGAUUUCCAAAAAUUAGAGUCAUGGACGACGAACCUCGGUCAUUGAAGGCUGUCUUCACCGACGCCGAAUCCAAACGCCUUUCCCUGUCGAACUCGCCAUUCGCCCCAAACUCAUCACAAUACGCCGACACAGUAUCUUCGGCAGUGAAACUCUACCGGGACUGCCUUACUCUCAUUAGCGCGCUCUCUAUCUUCAGCCCAAACGAGUCGCUCGAGGAUCUGUCAACCAGUGACCUUCCCUUUCUCCUGAUAAACUUCCACCUCGCCGAAAUCACCCAAAAGCUUCCCUCUUCAUCACCCCAAGAGCGCAAGCGCAUCCUCUCUGCCGCCCGCGACGCCUACGAACGAUACCUUCACCUCCUCGACAGCUACGACCUUCUAUCACCCAUCCAUAAGAAAAGUCUCGAGCAAUACACCGACGCGCCCACCACCUUCAGCACCGUAGCCACCUCGGACCCCGAAGCCCGCCGCAACGCCAAGAUAGCCAACUUCAAGACGGAAAAGGAGCUCCGCACCAAGCUGGAAUACCUCCGCCGCCGACCGGAGUAUGGCACCGAAGACGACAGGAGCGGUGGGGCUAUCGGUGGAGACGAGGACGCCGUCCGCGAAGUCCACCUCGCCCACCUCAACUACAGCACCCACAUGAGCUUCCAAGCGCUCGAGGGGCUGAACCGGGAGUGGGAGAUUCUCGCGCUGGCACCUCCCCCACAACCCUCACCUGGAGGCGGGCCCAACCUGCUGGAGGGAGAAGAACAAGACGAUGCCCGCCGCAGGCAGCGCUACACGGCCGGGGGGCUAGGCGACAACUACAGCGACCGGCUGGACCAGCCGAUGCGCGGCGGGUUGAACGGCAGCGGGCCGCUGCUGUCGAGGGAGGGCAAGCCGCUGCAGCCGUUCACGCUGCUGGGCAACCGGCAGGAGCUGGCGCGAGGCGUGUUCCGGCCGGGCCACAACCUGCCGACGAUGACGAUUGACGAGUACCUGGACGAGGAGCGGGCGCGGGGCGGCAUCAUCGAGGGCGGCGGCGAGGCGAGCUGGCACCGGCCCGAGCCGGACGAGGAUGAUAUAGAGAAGGCCGAUGCCGAGACCAUGAAGGCGCGCGAGUGGGAUGAGUUUGUGGAGGCGAAUCCUAAGGGGAGCGGGAAUACCUUGAAUCGGGGGUAGGGCGUGUGGUUGAACAGAUGAUAGGUUUGAGUCGAGUAUAAUAUUAUCAUCACGCUGUAACCAGUGCCGCGGUUGAGCAUAUUUACUACAGUUGUACCAACGGCAUCCCUAGACUCUAGAUUAUUCAUAUUGCUAGACACGCGUGAUAUGGACCCGAGAUGGUGAUAUGGACCCGAGAUGGUGAUAU